AUGAUGAAAAUAGCGAUUUUACUGAUGAACGUUUUUGGCACCAUUUUGGGACAGUAUCAAUGGACCAUCUUCGACCAGGAGCAUGUGAAUCUUUGCAACGAGCAGGACAGCUGUGGUGGACGUGUUCAUACAAUGUGUUACAAUGCUAACGAAACACAUCCAAGAUGCAAAAAAUUUGCACCCAUCCAGCUAGGACCGGAAAGCAUCAAGAGCUUUAUGAUGGGGCACAAUGGACUGCGGAACAAGGUCGCAACGGAUCCUAGACAACCUGCUACGGAUAUGCAGUUUCUGCACUGGGAUCGGGAUCUUCAAGCCAUGGCAGAGCGUUGGGUUCGCCAGUGCAUCGUCGGGUAUGAUGCGUGCGACUUCAUCGGUAACCCCUCCUAUCCGAUCGGCCAGAAUGUGUUCUUUCAUCCCAAACCGAUACUGAAGCACUGGGAAGCGCUUGCCCUGAGUACGUGGUUCAGCGAAAAGGACAAGCUGGGCAGCAACCUGUCCGUUGGUAGUUUGCAAAGCGCCGGAGUGUCGAACUACACGCAGCUCGUCUGGGCAAGGACGCAGUUUAUAGGUUGUGGUGCAGCCAGUAUGUACGGUGGACAUCUGAUCGUCUGCUACUACCAUCCCAAGGGCAACAUAAUCGGACAGCCGGUGUACACUGUUGGCCGAAGAGCGUGUACGGGAUGCCCUCAGGAGCGUGCCUCCUGUUCCCAUGUGUUUCGUGGACUUUGUGGAAUUGAUGAUGUACAUUCCGGUGGACAUGGGCAAGCCGCGCAAUACACGCUAAGGGUAACGCUUUCGAUGUUGAUGGGAAUGAUGUUAACAAGGUUCUACUGCACGGACAGCAAACCAAACAAAGUCACACACGAAUAGGAGAGGGGGAAAACACACACAGAACUUGGGGUAAACUCUUGGUGA